AUGAAGAAGAAAAACAAGAAAUGUGAGGCUGGAAAUGAUGAGAAACAAUGUCUUAGUGAUUUAUUUACCUUCAUGCAAACAAAAGCACUUUUGGCGCUUCGAGAGGCUCAAGUUGAUGUCAUAGAUGAAAAGAACGAUAGGAUGGUCGCUGGACUUGCAAAGAAUAUGGAGAUUGAUCCAUGGCUAGUUGAAGAAUUGUAUCAGCAAGUACAAGAUCUGUUGAAAAGCUUUCAAGAUUUAAUUGAAGAAAUGUACACGAUACAGUCAAAAGCGAGAGAUCUUGUGCGAGAUGCAAAGGAUGACGAUGAUGAAUGCAUUCCAUCAACAAAAUUAAGAUCCAUUGAUUACUUUCAAAUGAUCAAUCAAGAGCUCGCGAUGUUUGAAGCAGAGUAUCAACAUAUUGAAGCUCUAUUACGAUCUCUUUCAUUUAAAAUGACAAGUGAUGAGCUGAAUACGCUCGUGAUUUCGUGGAGUACCUCGCCUUUUCUAGAUCCUGCGCAAAGUCGUGCUUUUCAACAGCGUCAUCAAAUCUCGUCGCGACUCCAUGCAUAA